AACACAACUUCUGCAAUCAAAGAAUGAAGAUGUGAUGAAUACCUUUUAAAGAAUCAUUGUAACUUUUCAGUAGAAAUGGAGUUGGAUCCAAAAUUUAUGGAUGGAUGCCCGGAUCGCAACAGAGAUCCUAAGUUAUACACUUUCCUCGUAGGCGGUGACGGGAGAGUGUAUGAAGGAAGAGGCUACACCAACACCCCCAGCAAAGUAGGAGACAAAUGGGCAAAGUACGAGGGAAAGAGCUUUGAUGUCGCCUACAUAGGUCGGUUCUCCGAAGACAGACCGGCUUAUCCUGACAUGGCGGAAGCAGGCCUCAACCUGAUACAACACGCUGUUCUAGAUCAACAUGUCGACCUCUUCUUCGACUUCGUGGAGGACAAGAAGCGCUCACAGUGCAUCGACGAUUGUCCCUACCCCGCCCCUGACCCGGAGCCGGGCGAUCCCAUCGUGGACUUCGAGGGUCUCGGAAUAUGAAGGAUUGAAAUCCAAAAAUCUGUCAUUAUUAGCCUUGCGUUCAUCAGUGACCGUUGUAUGUUUCGAGAUUAUUGUCUUCAUGUGAUGAUUCUGGAGGGUUUGAGAACGUUGUAGGUUCUGUGGAACCAACGUGAAAAGAUAUAGAAUACAUUUGAAAGGAGAAAGACGGGCUUAAGAAUAUAUUUAGGCUUGCUUAUACAGCUUUUUGCUACUCAACUAAAGAUGAUACGAUUAUUACUAGUACUAUUCUAGGCUUUUGCGAGAGAUGCGAGUUUUAUUCGGACUAAAAAACGUAGAUGGUGUUAGCAUAUUGUUUGAAAUAAAAAACAAAAACUACGGUAUAGAUAAUUGAUUUAGCAUUUUGAUGAACAUUAAUCGAAAGGUUAAUUUCGAUUGGAUAAAUAUAUGUGUAAUAUGAAAUGAUGUAAACUAGUUCGAGGUAAUAAGUCAACAACAACAGAGCAGUCACACAUG